AUGGAGGUCUAUUUCCUGUUUGGGUGACGUCAGAGUUCCUGUUGAGAAAGUACACAAAAUGUCUACGACAUUUCUUUUGUACGUGUUGUUAUUUAUAUAUCUAUGAUGAGAGUAUGAUGGGCACGUGUAUUGAGGUGAAGGACAACCUCGCGUUCAGACAGUUCAGUCGACGGAAAGAGAGAGAACCACUGUCACCGGGAUGAUCAAACACACGUUUCGAGCGGCCAGUCGUGUCCUUUCUCCCGGCGUGCGCUGCUUCUCCAGCGGAGAAGUGACUGAAGAUGCGUCUGAAUGGGCGGCCUCGCUCACUAAGAAGGCGUCUCUCUAUGUACACUGGCCCUAUUGUCUCAGGAGGUGCACCUACUGCAAUUUUAACAAGUACAUACCCAAAGACAAUAACGACCACGUCAUGACUAAGUGCCUUCAGUGGGAGACAGAGACACUGCUGCAGCUCAGUCAAGUAUCCCGUAUCAGCUCAGUAUUUUUUGGUGGUGGAACUCCAAGCCUGGCUCAUCCUUCAACCAUCGCUGCAGUCCUUGAAACUAUUUCCAGGCAGACAAAUCUCUCAGACAAGGCUGAAGUCACGCUUGAGGUCAACCCUACUCCAGCAGGAAUGGCAAAGUUAGAGGAAUACCAACGUGCUGGGGUGAACCGUUUCUCUAUUGGCGUCCAGUCUCUGCAGGAUGAAGACUUGAGAAGUCUGGGAAGAGACCACAGUUCUCAUGAAGCUUUGAAAACUAUUGAAGAGGCCAGAAGGCUGUGCCCUGGUAGGGUGUCAGUGGACGUCAUGUUCGGACGGCCCAAACAGACUGUUGAAUCCUGGCAAAAUGAGUUGUCUGAGCUGUUGAAGAUUUGCGAUGACCAUGUGUCUCUGUACCAGCUGACAUUGGAGCGAGGCACUCAGCUGUUUAAACAAGUGCAAUCUGGACAAGUGACUUUGCCUGCUGAAGAUGUGACAGCAGAGAUGUACCAGUGCGCCAGGAAUACUCUUCACCAGCACGGCCUCGUGCAGUAUGAGGUGUCCAAUUUUUCAAGACACAAUUCGGUGAGUCAUCACAAUCUGAACUACUGGAAGGGAACGCAAUACAUAGGUGUUGGCCCAGGAGCACAUGGGAGGUUUGUCCCUCUGGGGGAGGGAGGUGUUGUUAGGGAGGCCCGGACCCAGACUUUGGAGCCUGACGUGUGGAUCCGUGAAGUCCUGCAGCGUGGACAUGGGACACGGAGGCGGAUCCAACUCAGUCAUCUUGCUUUGUUGGAGGAGGUGUUGGUGAUGGGAAUGAGAAUGACCAAGGGUAUUAAUCACAAGCACUGGGAAUUGUUUUGCCCUCAACUGGGCCUCCAUGAAAUUUACGGUGCAUCUGUUGAUGUUCAAGAGUUUCUACAGGAUGGACAACUGAUUCUGGAUGACAGGGGGCUGCGGUGCUCCUGGGAGGGUCUGGCCUUACUGGACAGCAUGCUCCCGGCUCUGCUGGUGGAGCUUGAAAGACAAAUUCUUCAGAGGCUACCCAAGGACCACACUGUGCUUACAAAUGAACAAAUAACCACCUAAACCCCUUAACAGAGCAGACAACUUCAUAGAAUAUGUGUUUGUGGAUGUUUUGUUUUGUAGCUGACAAGCAUGGAAAACAAUGAAAUUCAAUAAAUGGUAUCUACACUUGA